AUGCCUGUGAAUCUCUCCCUGUACCUGGUCACGGAUUCCACUCCGAAGAUCCUUGGAGAGAGAGAUCUCUGCUCUGUAGUCGAGCAAGCUGUCCAAGGCGGGGUUACGAUUGUCCAAUAUCGGGACAAGCAUAGUGACACCAAAGAUUUGAUCGAAGCAGCUACGAAACUACAUGCGAUUACCCUAAACCACGGCAUCCCCCUGAUCAUUAAUGAUCGAGUCGAUGUUGCUCUUGCCGUUGGGGCCGAGGGGGUUCACCUAGGCCAAGACGACAUGGACAUUGCUCUUGCGAGAAAGAUAUUACCCAAAGGAACCAUCAUUGGAGUCACAGUUUCAUCAGUAGAAGAGGCUCAGGCUGCAGUUGAAGGCGGUGCCGACUACCUUGGUAUUGGGACCGUCUAUGCUACUCCAACCAAAACCAACACAAAAUCCAUUAUCGGCACGGCAGGCGUCAAACGUAUUCUCAGCUGCGUUGCGUCUCUAAACCCUAAAGUCGGCACUGUGGCCAUUGGCGGCAUCAACCUCAGCAAUGUGCAGCGCGUAAUCUAUCAGUCUCAAGACACCAAAAAGGGCCUUGAAGGAGUUGCAAUCGUCAGUGCGAUAAUGGCAGCAGAAAACCCCCGUGCAGCUGCUGCGCAAUUCUUGAAGAAAGUUAGCCAAAACCCUGCAUUUGCUACUUUCCCGGUCCCUCCUCGUGAGAACGAAGAGCAUCUGCUUCUCGAUAGGGUCGAUGGACUUGUUCGAAAAGUAGCCACCGUUCACCCUCUAUGCCAUAAUAUGAUAAACUAUGUUGUGGCUAAUUUUGCUGCUAACGUUGCUCUUGCGAUUGGUGCGUCGCCUAUUAUGUCAGGAUAUGGCCUUGAAGCCCCUGAUCUGGCUAAGAACAAGGGCUCCUUGCUCAUCAAUAUGGGCACGUUGAACAGCGAGAGCUUGGAUAAUUAUCUUCAAGGUAUCCGUGCCUACAAUGAGGCAGGUAAUCCGGUAGUUCUUGACCCUGUUGGAGCUGCUGCUACCCAGCUUCGACGACAGUCUGUAAAGACACUGAUGCAGGGCGGUUACUUCGACCUCAUCAAGGGCAACGAGAGUGAGAUAGGCCAUAUCUAUGGACAUACCGGAAACCAGGUUGGCGUCGAUAGUGGCCCGAGUACACUGGAUAUCAAGGAAAAGGCAAUGCUGGUUCGAGACCUCGCCCUCAGAGAGAGAUGUAUUGUCCUUCUUACCGGUCCUACCGACUAUCUCAGCGACGGUGCCCGUACUCUUGCUAUCCACAACGGCCACCCACUUCUAGGCCAAGUUACUGGUACCGGAUGCGCCAUCGGUACGGUCACGUCAGCAUUCCUUGCGGUGGAGAAGCAGGAUAAGCUCCUUGCCGUCCUAUCCGCCCUGUUAAUGUUUGAAAUCGCUGCCGAACGAGCCGUGAGUAAUGGUGUCAAGGGGCCAGGUAGCUUUGUCCCAGCACUAUUGGACGAGCUGUACUCCCUCAGAACACAGGCAACUGAGUCCAAGGCUGCUUCACUGGAUGUCCUCAAGAAGGCUGCAAAGGUUAACUUCAUCCAUUUUUGA